AUGCGUAGCGAAGAAUGUGUUUGUAAAGAACCAAUAGAAUCGCUUCAUUUACUUCACCUCGAUAAAAUUGAAAGUAGAAAAGAGGAUGGUUUUUUUACCGCGUUAGAAGACAAAUUGGAGUCAAAAUUGGGGGAAUACGCGAACGUACUUUCGGGGUGGCUGGGGAAAUUCAACGAUGAACAUUUGGGGAACAGUGAGUUGGGGAGAUACUUGCACUACAACGAGAUCAAGCCCAAAAUCGAGGAGACUGGCAUGCAGGGACGAGGCAUGAAGAAGCUGUCCAUGGCACUCUUACCAGUCAUCUUCCACGUGGGAGCCACCUCAACUUGGAUGCUCAUUACCACCCUCCUAGCAGCCAAGUCCGUCGCCAUUGGCUUGGCGUUGCUCGUCUUCAAGAUCGCGGUCAGCUCAGCAAAGGUCGCAUCAUUCUUCACUCUACUGAAAGCCAAGCAUCACCACGAGUGGACUCCACAUUAUGAGCAUCACGGUCAUAAAAGAAGCCUAAGUGAUUUAGAACACAUCCCCACCUACGUGGAACACCCAACAUCCCAUGACGACUGGAGCUCAUACACGCCUCAAUGGACACCAUCGGAGCCCCAUAAGACCAUAGCUUCAUACAAACACGCCGCCGAUCCAUAUACUGAGUACGCAGAGAGCAAAAAGGUCGAAAAGGUCUAUGGAAAGAAUUAA